AUGCCGUCGCAGUCGGAAAUGCCCACCGACACUGUCAUAGAGCGCGUCCAGAACUUCUUCCUCGACAACAAGCGCGCGAUAUUGAUUGGGGCGGCGGCGGCUGUCGCUGUUGGCGGUGCUACUGUCUACUAUGCUUCCACCUCAUCCGAACGAAGGCGCGCCGGAGACCCAGAGAAGGGCGAGGGCAAAAAGGACAAGAAGAAGGGUGGAAAGAAGAAAAAGUCAGCCAAAAGCACCAAAGACUCGCCGAUACUGGAGGACAAAUCCGCAAAGAUUGCAGACGAGACAGAUGAUGAGACUCUGACUGCGGAGGCUAUAUUGGCUAUGCCGGAAGAGGAACGCACACGCAUAGCAAAAUCGUUCAAGGAAAAGGGCAACAAGGCGUACGGCGAGCGCAACUUCUCCGUUGCUGAGCGGUUCUACACACGGGCAAUCGAAGUUGCACCACACGGCGAACCCGUGUUCUACAGCAAUCGUGCUGCAUGCUACGUAAAUCUCGGAAGGCUUGAACAGGCUCUCCAGGACUGCGAUUCUGCGCUCUCGCUCGACAGGCAGUACAUAAAAGCGUUGAACCGACGGGCAGGCGUAGCGGAGAAGCUACAGAGAUACGACCAAGCUUUGCGAGAUUUCACGGCGACGAGUAUACUGGAAAAGUUCUCAAAGCAAGAAACUGUGCAGGCCGUCGAGCGUAUUCUGAAGUUGUACUCUGCGGAGAAAGCCAAAGAGAUCCUUACUACCCGUGAACCCCGCCUCCCUUCACUAACCUUCAUAUCCGCGUACUUUGCUGCCUUCCGACCUCGUCCUCUACCCACUCUCCCGGAGAACCCCACGACGGGCGACGAAACUCUAUUGCUUGCCCUCCAGGCUUUGCAAGCCGGUGACUACCACCACGCCAUGUCCUUCGUGAACGAGGCACUCGACCAGGGCAUCUCAUGGGACGCCGGCAAGGCAGAGGCGCUGAACCUCAGGGGGACUUUCAAGUUCGUCAUGAGCGACGUCGAUGGCGCGAAGGCAGACUUCAACGAGUCCAUCGCACUGAUCCCGUCAUAUACGCAGAGCAUAGUCAAGCUCGCGAGCGUCCAUAUGGAGCAGGGCAACCCGACGCUCGCAUUCGAACACUUCGAGCAGGCAAUCGCGCAGAAUCCCAACGACCCCGACAUCUACUACCACCGCGGACAAGUUCUAUUCAUAAUGAACCAGUUCCAAGAGGCCGCGGAUGACUAUACCAAGUCGAUGACGCUGGACGACACCUUCGUGUUCAGCCACAUUCAGCUGGCUGUUGCGCAAUACAAGGCUGAUCAGAUUGGGAAGAGUAUGGCGACAUUCAGGCGGACGCUGCAGGCGUUCCCGGAUCGCAGUGAGCCAUUGAACUACUAUGGUGAACUGCUAUUGGACCAGCAACGGCCGCAGGAAGCCAUAGAGAAGUUUGACGAGGCAAUAGCAGUUGAGAUGACCAAGUCACCCACGAAUGUCCUUCCGUUGGUUAACAAAGGUCUCGCGCUGUUCCAGUGGAAGCAAGACAUCGGUGCUGCUGAGCGCUGUUGCCGCGAGGCUCUCCGGCUAGAUUCUGACUGCGAUGCCGCCGCCGGAACACUAGCGCAGCUUCUCCUGCAGCAGAACAAGAUCCCGCAGGCGAUCGAGUUUCUGGACAAACAGGUGGAGCUGGCGCGAACGGAGCCAGAGUUGCAAGCGGCUUUGCAGUACAAAUACGCCACCUCUGCGCAGAUGGAGUUUGCGAGAGAAUACCCAGAGGUUGCCUCGCAGUUGAGCUCGAUCGCGCAAGGUCUGAUGUGA